UUCAAAGAUACUCUUGCAAGCUCUGCGAUGCAGUUGAAACUUUUCGUGGUCGUCGUUCUGGUGGUUCUCGCCACUUCUGCCUGGGCCCAGGACGAGGUCCAGCUCGAUGAUGAUGAUGAAGCCAGCGAUUUUGAUGGAGUGAGAGUGGCUCGUUCUCCGUACCGCGUUAAUAAUUAUGGCGGCCGUGGCAACAAUCGCUACAAUUAUGGUCAAGGUGGCAGAAACCCUUAUCAGCAUUCCGGACACAACAAUCACCGUGGCAACCAGUACGGCGGACACGGUCAAAAUCAUGGACGAUAUCCCAAUAACUACUAUGGAUAAAAAUAUGACUUGGAGAAAUUGUGCGGAAUUGUGUAUUUAUUAUUGAAGCAAAUUAAAUAAAAUGCUGUUAAACUAA